AUGGAACAAGUGGUUGAAAAGGAGGUGAUGGAUGUUGGUUCAAUUGUAGAAAGGGGAGAGUUUCGACUACAACAUUUUAAAGGAUCAACUAAUAGAAUUGAAUAUGAAAAAGCUACUCGUUUUGAAAUCUCACAAACUAAUUUGAGAGCUACCGAUAUAAAUUUUAACAAACUUAAAGGAAGCACUCAACCGGACUUUUACGCCUAA